ACAGCCCAGACUAUGUGAUCUUUCAGCCUUGAUUCAAAUGUUUCCAGAUGUUACAGACUUUAUAUCUCUGUGAAAUCAGAGCGAGCUGCUGCACGUGCUCACAUGAUAAAUGAUGCAUCCCCGUUUUAUCCCAGUUUGAAUGAGAUUCAGUCUGUCCUGUCCUGAGAGGCUCGCUCAUUGGAGGAAAUUGGACGGGCAACGUAAGCGCUCGUCUUGAAUGAGAAAAUAGCUGAGAGGGAACACACACACACACACACACACACACACAGCAGGCUGACAGUAGUCGAGCAGCGGCGGAGGGAGACACACACACACACACACACGGGCUGAGUGUCUUGAUGCAGCCUGUAGAAGGAGCUCAUUAUCAUUUUUGGAGUAAACACAUCUUCGUCAUCGGGAGUUUGUUUUUUAAUUAAGGGAUUCACGUCAUUACGAACCGCGCGCGCACAUUCCUCCGCAGAUCUGCGCAUCUCCAAUUACAAAUCUGUGUCUUUUUCUCUCCACGAGAGCGCUGUUUGCAUUUUUCUGCCCAGGACGAAGCUUCACAGUCAUGCUCGAGUGGCGACUGGCGACGCGCUCCGUCUGAAAAUCUGGUCUUUAACGGGGGAAAUGGAAGAGCAGCAGCAGCUCUCCAAACCAGAGAGCAGGAACAUGGACGCGUGUCUGAGACGACUGAAGCAAGAACUGCUGUCUAUGAAGGAAGCCGGUGAUGGCCUCCAUGCUCAGAUGAAUUCAAUGAUGGGAGCCCUCCAGGAACUCAAGCUCCUCCAGGUUCAGACAGCGUUAGAAAACCUUGACAUUUCCGGUCGUCCCAUUAACAGAGGGAUCCCCCAUCCUGCUCCACCAGCUCCGCCCGAGGCAUCAGCUGCAGCAGCUUCAGUGUCAGAAAACGGGUCCUGCUUUAGCCAAACCAUGCCACAGGAGCCCAGCCUGAGUCCGAUGCCAAGUCCGCGGCCGCCGGUGGAGAGCAGAAACACCUUCAGCCGAGAUGACGACAGCCCGUCUCCAAACAGAAGCAGCCUGGGAACCUCGUCGUCCUCGGCCUCCAGUCUGGAGAGCGAGAGCGAAAGAAGCUCAAGAACGACAAGAAGUGAGAACGACCUGGAGUCGAUACCCAGGAGGUGGUCGGGAUACACCGCCCCCCAAGUGGACUUCUACGGCCCGAUGGUGGGGAACCCUCCACCGGAGCCUUACCCUCACCCACAGGCGCCCCGUCGUGCUCAGGCGGUGGACCUGCCCGGCAUCCUGUACAGCCUGUCCAGAGAGGGACCUUCACUGGACAGCGACUACUCCCAGGACAGCACGGAUGACGCCAGCGACUGGACCUCUUCACUCAUGAGCCGCAGCCGCAACCGUCAGCCCUUGGUGCUGGGCGACAACGUCUUCGCCGACCUGGUGGGUAACUGGCUGGACCUGCCCGAGGUGGAGAGGGAGGAGGUGGAGGAAGAGGAGAGGGGGAAGAGGAGGGAGGAGAGGACGGCAGACGGAGGAGCAGACAGGCCAGACACGCCGGCUCACCCUCUCCGCCUCAGCCGCUCGCAGGAGAUCUGCAGGAAGUUUUCGCUGACCACAAACAUCUUCAAGAAGUUCCUGCGUAGCGUCCGGCCCGACAGGGACAAGCUGCUCAAGGAGAGGCCCGGGUGGAUGGCUCCUGAGCUGCCCGAGGGCGACCUCUUCAAACGGCCGAAGAAACUGGGUCCUAAAAGUUCAAAAGGCAGCUUCUACCUGCCGUUCUGGGCAAACGGACAGCAGGGCAAAGGCAGGCCGUGUCCACAUCCAGCCGAAGCAGAGCGGAACCUCCAACACCAUCAACUCCACCAACACCACUUCCACCAGCAGCCGUUCACAGGGAUUUAUUUAGACAGGAGACAGCCAGAGACUGGCCUGGAGAAAAUGCAGCCCUUGUUUGACUACAACACAGCUGUGUGGGUCUGACAGCGAGUCUCAGGCCAACAGACCGCCAGUGAUGCCAGACUGAGUGAGUGACAGGUGUUGGGGGGGGUCUUGGCUGAGCUGGAGGGGAACGAAUGAAUGAAUGGGCGACUGAGAGGCUUAGAUAUAGUUAUCUUCCAAAAAAUGGACCGAUGAACUUCACACCCACAACAUGAUUCUCCUGCGACUGAGAGAUUAUCAGGGCAACAUUUUGUCUGACAAUCCUAAAACCUAAACCUCGUUCAUUGUGUGUGUCCGGGUGUGUGAUGACAGAGAGUGUCUGACAGAGUUAGACAGAGACUUUUUUUGAGGAUUUAUGCUGCAAGUUUUAUAUUAUUCAUAUUUCUUCGUGUGUGUAUGCAUGUAUGACUGGAUUCUGGUUGUCUUAAAAAGACGGUACUUAGAAAAGAAAACAUCAGAAUGUCACCAUCGUUACAGAUCUUUCGAAACAACAUCCACAGACUUUUUCACAUCUACGCCACAGGACAUACUCUAAUAUCUCACAUCUUUGCAUCUAUGAAUUGAAACACCAACUGUUGGAUUGCAUGGUUACCGUUUUUAUAAGCGAUGCUACAAACAGCUGUUACUAAACGCACUGCCACUGAACACAAUCAUAAGCUCCCUUUUGUUUCCAGGAGGAAACUCAGGUUUAACUGAACCCGUCGGUCUCAUUCACCUUGCUCAGGGAAUGAAUGCAACACAGGAGGAGACUAUGAGACACUGCCACAUUUAAACAGGAUUUCUAUUAGAGUUUAGAGAAGUCUUGCCUCAUCUCAUCUCACCUACAGCAAUACAGUGCAUGAUAGUUCAAAGAUCGCACAUGAAACUUUGAGAUUUGUCCCUCGUCAUCAGCGAUGUUGUGCUCGCUGUCUUGUUAGGAACACCCGACACAUGUCGAGUCAUCUGUCGGUCCUUGGAGGGGGGAGGGGGUAAAGAUGGCACAGCCGACUAGCGAGUACUGACUGACUGCCAUCUGGUACCCGGACAUUAUGUAAAGCUUGUUCACCACAGGCAGGAAGAGGAUGCUCGGUUAAUCCUGAAGCUCCAUAGACGAACUGAAUUAUGAACGACUGUGUUACAUACUGUACAUACAAGAGGUGAAUACACCACAGUGAUGAGUGGAGGUAAAGACCAAUAAUCUCCAUCACCCAGGAGAAUAAAUGUACAGAACAUUGUACAUAUUUUCCAUCAAACAAACUGCAGCAAUAAUAGACAUUUUCUGUAAUAUCCCAUUGCAUGAUUUUCAUUAUUCUGCACAGAUAAAAACGUCACAGGAACAUACAGGUUACCAUGUAAACAAAGCCACUACACCUGAGUGAACCUACAGUAUCUGUUCUAUUGUAUCAUAAUAAACAAUUUCAGUGGUUUUCAUUUCAAGCAGCAUCACAGUUUAAAAACAAACUUCAGCUUCCUUCACAAGUUCAUAGAAAAUAUCAGGAAUCCCUCAGGAUCACAGACGACACUGCCCAAAACACUCGUUUGUUGUUAUAGAGGACCACUGUUAUGCAACGACAAUCUGAUACUCAACUUAUUAUAACAAAGAAAAACAGUUUCACUCAGUUUUAAAUGUGAUAUCAGACCAAUCAACGCAGCCUGCAGGGAUUAGACCUUCAGUGUCUGAGUGUCUUGGCCAGUCGAUCCAUAUGUUGUCUCAGUAUUCAGGUCAAUGUGUGCUACACAUUCAGAGGGUCCAACACACACACACACACACACACACACACAGACGUGCUGUAAGGUGCAGUCUGAGAGGUCAUAUCACACAGUAUGUGUAUGUAAAUGUAACGUUUAUUUCUUCCUCUUUACAGCUGUCUAAGUGUAAUUUUCAGCACUGUUGUUAAUAUUUUUCAUCAGGGUUCUGCGAACCUUCAGUUGUGAUUCUGUGUGCACUGUAAAACUGUCACUGACUCUUUGUAAAUUAAAUCUGUUUUCAGA